AUGCAAGCUUUAGGAGUGCAGCACCAGCUCAGCACUGCCCAUCAUCCUCAAACUGAUGGGCAGACAGAGAGAGUUAACCAAUGCCUUGAAUCUUACCUAAGGCAUUGUAUGGGUACAACCCUCCUCAAGUGGGGUAUAGUCCACAUUUGUUCAGAAGACAGGAGUGUAGAAGCUUGGGUCAAGGACUAUCAAGCCAUUCCUCAAAGAUUGAAAGAGAUGUUGGGGGAGGCUCAAGCAAAAAUGAAGUAUUAUACGGACCAAAACAGAAGUGAGAGGGAGUUUAUGGAAGAAGACUGGAGUGAGGUAUGGAAAUUAACUCCUAAGUAUUGUGGUCCUUUUAAGGUCAUCAAAAGAGUUGGAGUUGUAGCUUAUGAACUACAAUUGCCUCAAGAAGCUAAAGUGCACCCAGUUUUUCAUGUUUCACAGUUGAAGAAACAUGUGGGGAAGGUGACUAGGGUGGUUGCCACUCUUCCUCUACUGGAUGAGCUUAACCAAUUCUUAUUGGUUCAUGUUUAUGUGCUGGAACGAAGGAUGGUGAAGAACAACACUACGGCUCAAGUGCAGUGGUUAGUACAGUGGGCGCACCUACCUAAGGAGGAAGCAACGUGGGAGGUCGCUGCAGAGAUGGAGGUCAAGUUUCCAGAUUUUAAGCCAUGA